GACUUCGUCUGGGUACCCGACUCAAUCCGGCGCUGCGUGAUUUUUAUUGCAACCACGUUUUUGAGUGACGUUUCGCAAGCAGAUUGCUCCUUUACCGUCGUCAAAGUCGGAAAAAAGAUCUUCACAUUGUCAGCUUCCGAAGUUUCAUUGACUUCUUCGUCUGUGUUUUUCAGUCACUGAAGUUUCUGUCGGUGUGUCGAAGCUAUGGCUUCGGCGUCGAAAUUGGAAAUGGUGUGCCGAACGCUGCGGGGCGUACUGCUGUCGGAAAAGGGCGGAGUUGCCAUUCACAGACUGCAGGGUGAUUUCCGGGAAUUGACGGGCACGCCGUUGCAGUUCAAGGAGUUUGGGUAUCCUUCACUGGAAGCUUUUCUCCAGUCAAUUCCCCAUGUUGUUUCGCUGCAAAGGGGUCCCGACGGAGACGUACUUUGCAAAUGUGUCACGGAUGACACAACUCAACACAUCGGCAGCUUGGUGAGCAGACAGAAAGGCAAGAAGAAAAGCAAAGGGUCCGGAAUGAAAACGCAUCCAGGAAAACCAAGGGGCUCCCCAUACAGACCCAAACCUUUUUAUGGGAACUAUAAUCCAAGCAGGAAGCCCCAGCCGGUGACGCCAAAGUUCAGGACAAAAAAACCCAAUCCAAAAUUCUACAAACUGGCGACCCAGCAGCCAAGAUUUCACAUCCCUAGACCAGCUGUUCCCUCUCAGAGCGCACCUCCGAAACCAACUCCGCAGAAAACUGUGCCGGUGAACCAUUACCAAUCCAGGACAAAGACCGAGUCGACCAAAAGCCUUGCAAGCACAUAUAGGAGUUCAGCAAAUGCGUCAGCGACAGCUGUGCAGCAACCCACUGGAACCUGGUCGAAAACUGCGCCGGUGAACAAUCGCCAAUCCACGACGCAGACGGAGACAACCAAAAGGCUUGGAAGUGCAUCAACGAGUUCAGCAAAUGCGUCAGCGACAGCUGUGCAGCAACCCACUCCAGGGCCCUGGUCGGGCAAACUUGGCUCCAGACGCAACCAGCAGUCUGCCAGUUCAAACCUUGUGGAUGCCAAGCGGAAUCAGCCCAAGCCAGACCCUCCCACAACUCAACCGACCACAAACAAACCAAAAGUGUACGAGAACAUCUACAUCACUGUGGAGAAUGACGGUGCCACGAAGGGGAAGGCGAAAUCUGCGAAACCGAACAAGGUGGAACGGUCUGCCAGCUUGGAAUCCGCAAAAGCUAAGAAGCCGGAAUGGUCCCCUAACUACGAAGUCCCCCCUCGCUUUAAGAAGCUGAUGUCCCCUACUGGAACAAGUUUUCCUGACCACCAGGUUGCUGGACCAGACAGGACCCAAGACACGACUUCUGACCCUCCCGUCAAAGCAAGGCCACCGCAAGUCACCUCCAGUACUCCCCCGAUCAGAGGAAAGACAUCAGACUGGAUACAGAAGGUUCUGGUAGAAAAGGCAAAUGGCAUCUGGGCUAGUGGCCUCUCUGACAUGCACAAGAAGGAGUUUGGGAGCAGUCUAGACGCAACCAUCAUCGACCAGAUGGCAGAACAAAAUCUACUUCAGAAAGAAAUGGUCUUAAAUAACAUCAUCCUGUAUCCCAAGCUGACGGUUAGUAUAAAGAACUCGUCUGAAUCCAAAGUGUCAAAACGGACAGUAAACCUUGGUGCCGGAGAUCAGAAGGAGGUAGGAACAGCUGCGGAGAAGACGGGAAACCAGACUGCACAAAGUUGCCCAGAAGCAAAGCCCAACAUAACCCCUGCGCUUACCAAGCUCACACCCCCGAAGAAUCUUUUCCAAGACCCUGCUCUGGCUGACCCCAGCUUGGCAGACAUUUUACAGGCCGUCUGCCAAAGACAGAACUUACCGCUGAUGUACAAAACUGAACCCGAGACCCUCCUUGGGAAGCCCUAUUUGGCCGUGAACUGCACAGCAGGUUUGCAAGUUAGCAUGGCACAUGGGAUCACCCAGAAGGCUGCCGUUGAGGCGGCAUCCGCUAAUAUUCUCUACCAGUGGAACAUCAUGCCCGGCGAUGUAAGUCAAGUUAGUCAGCCCACUGCAGGGAGGGAGGAGCUGUACUUGAGAGUCGAGCAUCAAGCUGGGUUCUGUGACUGCUCUGCUGCAGAACGUCACGACGACUGUAAGGUCCCAAGAUGCAUGGCCAGCUUGUUAAAGAGAAUAAGAUGGAAGUCUUCAGAUGACCAGUUCAUCCAGCAAAAUCGUAGAGUCACUCCCACAGCAGGCGUGCCUCGGAGGAUUACAAACCUCUCCCAAGUGGACAGGUUGGAAGCAAGAGCUGCCCGGUUUGGUCUUAAUCCCAAAGCAGCUCUGGAGGAAGUGGAUUCUCAGCAACCCAAACCUCUCAUGAACUUAUCCUUCUCUCAGGGCAGAGCUGAAAGGUUCUGUGUUGUAAACUCAAAAACUUUGUUGCAACCUCGGGAAACAAUUCAAGGUGCACAGGUACUGGAAGCUGAGGACAACUCCAACAAGGCUUCUUCAACUGGAGAGUUUCAUGUUCAACCAAAUGCUGCUGCUCAAAAGGAUGCUGGAAUCUUCCCAGACUUGCAAGAGGUAAAGCCACUCUCACAAGAGGAGAUUCUAAACAAGAGGGCAGAGAGGUUUGGCCUCACAUUAAAUGAAUAUACUCAUCCACAACCUGUUGUCGGCAAGACAGAUAACAACCCACAGUCACUGGCAGGCAUCACAAGCAACUCUGUGACAACUUUACGGAGAGCUCCAGACCUGGAGAUUCGGAGAGUUCUACGGGAGACAUUUGGCAGAACUGCCAUCUAUGAGACAGUCAAGGAGACCAUCUCAAUGGAACGUCCGCUUGUUAGUGUGUGCUUCAUUGCUGGGUCUGUUGUUGGCAUUGGGAAAGGACCAACUAAAUCUGAGGCCAGGAAGGCAGCACUGAAGGAGUUGCUGUUGAAUCAGAGACAGUUGAAAAGCAAGCUGAAAUCAGCGAGCCACAAAAAGCUGAAUCAAGAGGAGCUUCCAAACACCCAAGAUCAAGACUCAGAGCCAGUGGCAAGAAGUCACAGAUAUCCAGAGGUACCUCAAGACGAGAACUUGAAUAACUCUGGAAUCCAGAAUUAUGAAAGCUCAUCGAGCAGGAAUGAAGCAAACGACCAACAGCAAGGAAAAGGUUCCCCCAAGGAGCUGCCACCUUGUCCAGGAUCUGAAGAAGUUUGUCGAGAGAGGAAGGGUUGGCCGAUGAAGCCAGACCUAGAUCUACAAUUUCGGAACAUUGACAACAACAAAAUGCUGAAUGUAGAGAAACGGAGAACGAGUCCUAGAGGAGAGUACCAACUUCUACAAGAUGCAUCAAGCGGCACUGCCUUCCCUGAUAAAAUGGGGAAGGACUCUUGCAGCCUUGGCAUCUCAAGAUGGCAGCAGAGCCCAGACUCUUGGACAGGCUCCCUCAGAAAUGGCACCCCUACAGGACCAUCCACUUCAGUUGUUCAGCCCAUCAACAAUGCCAGAUGGAAACCUUCAGAUGACUGGGUCGUCCAGCAAAAUCCCAGACUCACUCCCACAGCAGACGCGCCACCUACCAACAACGGCACUCCUGCCACCAGUCCGACAAACAUUGUCCCUAGCAACCUGUCCUCACCCAGAACUGUUUCCCCAGGUGCCCAGUUGCUAGGCAACCCAACGCUAGGCAACGCAUCCUCACCUGGCGACCCGUUGCCAAGGAACGGUUCACCCCAAGACCCUGCACAGGCCGAAAGCGAUGCCUCAAAUAUCAAUGAGAUUACCAACAGCCUUGCCAACGCCCAGCUUAGUGGCACCCACUCGCCCCCAUGUGUACCCGUUGAGGAGACCUGUAGUGAACCCAGUGAGCCUAGUGAGGGGGGCGGUUCACCCACUAUGGAAGUGUCAGGCGUGCCCAACCUGCAGUUGCCAGAAGAAGAUGAAUGGGAUGUUUACGUGGCAUACAUCAAGAGUUUGUCCGACUUCUUUGUUAUUCUGAUUGGAGAUGACUAUUCGGAGCAGUUGAUGGUUCUGGAGGAGGAGAUGCGGCUCUUCUACCAAUGCAGCACCUGGACCCUGACUGACCCGCCGGAGGAAGGUGACUGCUGUGCGGCACAGUUCAACAGGGAGUGGCUUAGGGUCAUGGUCAAAUCGGUCCAAGGGGACCAGGUCGAGUGCUUUCUGCUUGAUCAUGGCGACAUUGAGACGGUAGAUAUCAGUUUUCUCAAACCGUUGUCCGACACUUUCCUACAACUUCCCUUUCAGGUGGUUCGCUGCAAGUUGGCUGGAAGCGAGCAGGUGGCAAAGGACGACGACACGGCACUACAGAUGUUCUGCCAGCUGGCCUUGGGCAAAAACCUGCUGGCGGAAAUCACAUCAAGGGAUGGCGACCAAGUCACGAUGGAGCUUUUCGAUGAGUCUGACGUCUCUAUUCUGGAGCAGAGUAUGGCGGCUGGCAUUUAACCUCUGAAAAUCAGAGCAUUGCAAGAACUACCACUUCCAAUUCUGAAAUAAAAAAAUGUUUUUGUUAUCCAAUCUGUUUAGUCAGAUCCUAAUCAAAUAUGUCCAAAAAAGGUGUCCAGUUUCAGCUAAUCUUAAAAUAAAAGCGUUUCGUCUGAAAGAUAAUUUCUCUUUUGACUGUCUGUGAACGUGGAAAAUGUUUGCACAAAUAUCUUUCCCUGGUAAUUCUAGUUGCAUAAAAUCUGAGGCAAAGAAAUAGUAGUAUUAAUUUGAUAUUCUUGGAAAUCUUUCUUCCACUGGCAAGUUACGGACACUGAAUCUCCCUCUUGCGUACAUUUCCAAACUUUGCAACUGGGCUUAACCUACAAGCAAAUGAUUUUUUUUAAGUGUCUUCUAAUAUUGUGUGUGAAAAUACAUUGUUACCUUGUGCCUUCCCAGUUUUUGAAAUUUGUUUUUAAAAAUUACACGGCAAGUCCUUUGAAGUAAGUGUUCGUUCUUUACAGUACUGCAAAUAACGCUCACGUCUUAAACAUGCAAUAUGUGAGGCGCACAUGUUGGAGAGGCACACAUGUAUCCCACAUUGAACAGUGACAGGGCGAUACCUUUACCAUACUUUUGUCUGGAUGCGGCAAAGUCCAUCAAUUCAUGCCUACAAUGUACUCAUAAUUCGGGCAAUUCACAAUGCAGUGCGCCACCAAGAGUUUGCCAUGGAGUAAUGUUUUGCAAGGAACAAUUUCAAAUGUCCCGCGCUAUCGAAGAUCUCCCACAAUGCACUGGGAAAACUGAACUCUCCAUGGCAAACUCUUGGUGGCGCACUGCAUUGUGAAUCACCCAAAUUGCCAAUGGAAUCCUGUUACAUAUAGUUUCGGAAUGUCAAGUUACAUGCACUAUCCAUGGUUGUUUACUCAAAGACUCGGUUAUGUUAAAUUGGUACCUGUAGUUAUCAGGCAUGCAACUUUUUCUCAGAUCAGCUGAUUUCCUCGUUUUUCAAUUCUCAUGACUGCCAUUACAAAUCGAAAAACACUGUACAAAGUCUUGAUUGGUUUGGAAUUUCCUCUUUUUUUUUUUACAUUCCCAGUUGCUUGCCCGAGUUAUCUUUGAGACAUGGUAACAUUAUAAUGCAUAGGCCUAAUAGCCAGUACUCAAAAUGUACAUUUGUACUAGCUACAGCAUCAGUGUACAGUACUCAAGUUACACAGGUGGCAAUCAAGAGAUACUCGCAUGCUAUAGUGUAAGAUUUUAAAAUUGUUAUAAGUGGUUGUACUAAACAAAACUAUUACAGAAAUGUUAAGUGGUAAACUUUGCAAGAUGCGAUUACAAAUAUAGGUACUGGAGUUAUUGUGUGGUAUCAAUGUUUUGAAGUGUACAAUGCACCCAACAGAGGUAUCGAGUAGAAAUGGGUAUUACUGGGUGACAUUUGGGUUAAACGUCGCCCAGUAAUGGGCACCCAUUUUGGGUACCCAACAGAAAUGGGUAUUACCGGGUGACAUUUGGGUACAGACGUCACCCAGUAAUGGGCACCCAUUUUGGUUACCCAACAGAAAUGGGCAUUACUGGGUGACAUUUGGGUUAAACGUCGCACACUAAUGGGCACCCAUUUUGGGUACCAAACAGAAAUGGGUAUUACUGGGUGACAUUUGGGUACAGACAUCACCCAGUAACAGGCACCCAUUUUGGUCACCCAACAGAAAUGGACAUUACUGGGUGACAUUUGGGUACAAACCACCCACAGUAAUGGGCACCUGUUUUGGGUACCCAACAGAAAUGGGCAUUAGUGGGUGACAUUGGGUAUUUUGUACUAUUAUGGGUAACGGAGGAAGCACGGCCCGCAUAUGAAUUCUGUUGAUUUGACAGAAAUCAUAUUUGCCUAGGUCCGAAUUUAGUUUAGAUAAAACGGUGUGCUAGAGGUACAAGGUUUUUUUUUUUCAUCGUUAUGUAAAUGUGUAUAAAUGUAAAUAAUUUUGGUGACAUUACGAAAACUCUUUCUUUCCUUUAAUGUAAAGUUCAUGUAAGAUACAUUUGUAAAUUGGAAAUUACGAUGAAAAGUACUCAAGCUCUGAGGUUGUUUGAAGCAUUCCUGAAGUGCAGAAAAUUGUGUGUUCAAAUAAUUAUGCAAGUGAUCGAGAAAUACCAAACAUUAAAAAAAAAAAUCACCCAGAUUUUUGAUUGGAGUUUUUUGCAACUUUGUUGAAUUGCUUGAAAAUUAUCGCUCAGCAAUCUCAAGUAAUGAGCAGAUAUAUGCCGAGAACCAGUCAUGGGCAAUACAAAUUUCAUUAUAUUUUGGCUGGUAACCCAACAAAGCCAUUAUUAUGGUCAUGAUGGUAGACAAAUUGUGUAUUUGCAAUUAACAGCAUUCUGAGCUGGGUGCAAAAUGAGACGAGUUAAAUCAUGCCAAAGUUGUGCCAUUGAGUGUUUUCUUCCAUAUGAUGAAACCCAAUUUUAAUAUUGAUUUCUUAAUUAUUUUUUUAAAUAAAAACCAUCAAAGUUCAUAUAAAGAAAUUCUUUUUAUUUUUAUGUUAAAAUGGUUAGGUUCUUGAAGUUGAAUAAAAAAGAAAGAAAACGAAA